GUUGUUGAAGCCCGGAAUCUUUUCGGUGCUGAACCCGUGUCAAGAAGAAGAAGACGUUUCAUUAAGAAACAUCAACGUUUAUUCGGUCUAAAGGGUGUUUAUUUUAUAGUUCCUUCUUAAAACAAUGACUCUUUUUCAUUUUGGGAAUUGUUUUGCCUUGGCGUAUUUUCCUUACUUCAUAACCUACAAAUGCAGUGGAUUAUCAGAAUAUAAUGCAUUCUGGAGAUGUGUCCAAGCAGGGGCCACUUACCUCUUUGUACAACUAUGCAAAAUGCUGUUCCUUGCUACAUUUUUUCCCACCUGGGAAGGCGGUGCGGGUGUGUAUGACUUUGUCGGGGAAUUUAUGAAGGCCACAGUGGACAUGGCAGAUCUGUUAGGGCUUCAUCUGGUCAUGUCCAGAAACGCUGGGAAAGGAGAGUACAAAAUAAUGGUGGCUGCUAUGGGCUGGGCCACAGCUGAACUUGUUAUGUCAAGGUGUAUUCCUUUAUGGGUCGGAGCUCGAGGGAUCGAGUUCGAUUGGAAAUACAUCCAAAUGAGCUUCGAUUCCAACAUCAGUUUGGUUCACUACAUCGCCAUGGCUGCAGUAGUGUGGAUGUUCACGCGGUACGACCUGCCGAAAAGUUUCCGUUUACCGGUGACUGUGCUGCUGGGGCUCUGUGUGUACAAGGCAUUUUUAAUGGAGUUGUUUGUUCACUUGUUCCUCCUGGGCAGUUGGACGGCUCUGUUGGUAAAAGCGGUGUUAACGGGUGCCAUCUCCCUCUGCUCCCUUUUUCUUUUCAUCACACUCGUUCACAGCAGCUGAGGCUUUUCUUAUCUCUCCACACAUUCGGGUGUUUUGUUAGAAAACACGAGAGGUUCUGUCUGGUUUUUUUGACUGUCUGAGCCAGUGAGACGAUGUCAGAUGUCUCUUGUAUUUUUUUUUUUUAUUUGUCUUCAUAAUGAAUUAAAAUAUACAGAAAUAACUGA